AUGCCCAUGUACGAUGGAACGACCGACCCAAGAGAGCAUAUCUUGACCUACAAGCAGCGGAUGAUGACAAUCCCAGUUCCCAAGCACAUGAGGGAGGCUAGUCUUUGCAAAGGAUUCGACUCGACAGUGAUUGGACCCGCCUUGAAGUGGUUAACCAGCCUGCCAAACGGAUGCAUCACUUCCUUUGCUCAUCUCGACAACAUGUUCAAUCAGCAGUUUGCCAGCAGCAGGUGUUUGGAGAAGCAAACAAGAGACCUGUACCGUGUGGUUCAACGCCCAGACAAGCCCCUGAAGGAUUACAUAGCUCGGUUCAUCAGGGAGAAGGUGAUCGUACCUGAGUGUGACGUCCCAACGGCAAUCGAAGCAUUCAGACAAGGAUUGUAUGGCGAGACCGACCUAUGGAGGGAUCUGAUCAAGUAUCCCUGCAAGACAUUCGUAGACGCCCAAGCCAAGGAAAUGGCUCAAGUCAAGUUGGAAGAAACUCUUUACUCCAGGAAGGGAACUAACGACUACACUAAGACGGACAUGCGACUACCCUAUCCCAAGAGAAGCAAAGAUCGUCCUGCCCCUUAUUCCCCGCCACAACAUGUAGCAGUGGUGGAGGAAGAUGACGACCCCGACUGGAAGAACAGCCCAGAUCUGCCCCAAAGAAUUAACGAAUAUUCUUUUUGUGGUGACACUGUAGGUUUGAUGAACCACCUCUCAAAGAUGGGGAAAGCAGUGCAAUGGCCGCCGAAAUCUAGUAAACCCGACUCAAAGAAGGACCCCUCAAAAUGGUGUGACUUCCAUGCCGACAUUGGCCACACUACAAACGAAUGCGUGGCGCUAAGAAGAGAAGUGGCUUACUUGCUCAAGAACGGAUACCUCAAAGACGUCAUCGAGGAGACACGCUCGAGAGAACCAGACAGACAGACCAACCCGAGCUGUAGCCGCGAAAUAUCUAACCCCUUAUCUUUUGAUGAAUUUGAUGCAGGGGACAUCUCAGAUAAACAUCACGACGGCUUGGUGAUAUCCAUCCCUGUUGGAAACUGCAUGAUCAAACGACACCUGGUCGAUAACGGUAGCUCCACCAAUGUUAUGAUGCUUGACGCCCUUAAGGAGAUGGGGCUCAACCCAGACACAAAUGUUGUCAAGAAGUCCACGAUUUUGAUAGGAUUCAGCGGCGAGGCAAAGACUACCUUUGGAGAAGUCACUCUACCUGUUUACGCCCAAGGGGUCAACCAACAGCUUGACGAAGUCAUCCUGGAUCCUGCAAAGCCAGAACGAGUCGUCUUCAUUGGAUGUGACGUACCUGACAACAUCAGGUCGGAACUUAUAACAAAUCUCAAAGCCAACGCAGAUUAUUUCGCAUGGUCCCAUGAAGAUAUGCCAGGUAUCAGUUCAGACGUCAUCACUCACAAACUCAGUGUUGAUCCACAUCACAAGCCCGUCAAACAGAAACGAUGGAAGUUCGCUCCAGAACGCAACCAAAUCAUCAACGACGAGGUUCAGCAAUUAUUAGACACCGGAAAGAUUAGAGAAGUCAAAUAUCCAGACUGGCUGGCCAACAUCGUCAUAGUCAGAAAGAAGAACGGGAAAUGA